AUUUUUUAGUUAAAAGAUAAAAUUAGGAUGAAAUAUUUUAGUUAGCAAAAUAAUACUUUGUAACUCAGAUAAGGAAUGGCUGCUGAAAGUUCUAGUGAUGAAGAAAAUGAUCCUGUGGUUCAAGAGGUAGAUGUAUGUCUAGCAAAAGCACUUUCAGAAAAACUUUUUUUAUUUCAGUACCCUGUUCGUCCUGCUAGUAUGACUUAUGAAUCAACACCACAUCUGGAAUGUAGAAUGAAGCCCCUUCAGCAAAAGAUUGAACUUGAACUGGGAAUGGAUGUUUCAUCACCAUCAUAUUGUUAUUCAAGGGGUGAACAGAUAGCUGAUGCAGUUGAUAGAGGAAAUGAAAACCAAAGACCUGUAUUUCCAAGUCGUUUGAUGGAUCGUCAUGUUCUCUCUUCUGUUUGUGCUACUGAAGACAACACAAAGUAUGCGUCUGCUGUUUAUCACAAUGGUAUCUUGCAUAUUACGCCUAUUAAAGGUGUUGUGCAGCUUCGUCCUGGUUUUCAUUAUUUUGAUAAAGCUGAAGAAAAUCAAAAAAAAGCGGCUGUAUUAGCUCAUGAAGAUAGUCAAAGUGAAGAAGAAGAAGAAGCUAAACCUAUACAGUUACGAUUUGAAACUGCAGGCGCAAAGCAAAAAGUAUUUGAUAAUGUUAUAGAAGAAAAAUGGAAAGAUAUGACAUUCUUUCAUCCACAUGAGCAACGCUCAUUAAAUGAAAAGCAUCUAUUGUAUUGUCUGCAAGGUAGUUUUGAGGCACCAGAAUUUACUGCCACAUCACGGGAUUAUCUUAAAAUUCUCUCUCCAAAGGAAGAUAAAGAUUAUAAUUUGCCAGCUGACUUACCUUAUGGCAUGCUUUCACUCCUAAAGUUGAAGAAUAUGGAGUUUCGAGAUCAAAUUAAAGCAUUACUUGUUACAACAAAAGUGAUGCAGUUCUGUCAUUUGUGUGCUUUGCUUGGAGGUGGUAUGGAUGAACAAAUAGUUCUUAAAGGUGUUGCUCAGUAUGCUCUUCUAGUCCAGGGUUGUUGGGUGGUAAAAAGUGAAGUGCUUUAUCCAGCUGGAACAAAAAGUCAUGUGAGUGGGAUUGAUGCAGAGAAACUUUGGCCAUCAAGAGACUAUGUGAUGCUUUCUUUUAAUCGUAAAUCUGUGUUGUCAAGGAAGGAGGUUGCUGCAUUUUCAAAGUUACCCACAGAGGAAACAAGAGAAGUUUUAGAACAGUUAGCAAGACAACGACCAACACAAGGUUGGAUGUUCAGGCUCAAUACAGACAUUGAUUUCUUGGAGAGACACGCUGAAGCAUGUGCAGAACAAGCAGUAAUAUGGAAACACAAAUACACAAGUUUGGUUGGACAACUUAACCUUUCAGAUGAUUUUUUAAAUAUUGAAUGGAAUGCAACAACAUUUCCUGGUUUAUUCUAUUUUCCUCAUCGAAAACCUAAUACCCCUAGCAGACGUUCGACAUUAAUUGGAGAGAAAAAAGAGGCAACGCAAAGGAGGAGAACUGUUUCACAGAGUUCUUCUGACGGUCUACAAGGUAAAAAGACUGAUUCUAAAAAACAUUCUGAUGAGCAAUCAUUAUCAAAAGCCAGAUCUAGAAGCAAAUCUCAAGAAGAUAUUAGCAUUAUUGUUAAAGAAGAACACCUUAGCCCAGUUAAAACUGAAACCUUUCAAGUAAAAAAAGAGCAAGAUUCUCCUGAAAAAGUAGAUGAUUUAGACACAAAUAUACAACAAACUAAAGUAAAAAAUAUUUCACUACUUAUUGAUGCUGUAGAAAAACUUAAAGCAAAAAAAAAACUUCAAACGCAAAUAGAAAGUGACCCUGAGCCAGAAAACCAACCAAUGGAAACAUCUCUUGAAGAAGUUGAUAAUGUAACUUUAGAUCGUGAUUGUAUUGAAAUUGAAGUAAAUGAUGCUCACGAAGAGAAUUCUUUUGAAAUUUUUAUACCACCUGCAAAACGAACUUUUGAAGAACGUGAGAAACCACCUUCUGAUAUUUUUUUAAAAGAGCUGAAGAAGUUUUGUAGAGAAACAGUACUUUCUGGGUGUUUAAGCCUUGCUGAUUUGAAAGAAGUUCUAAGUGUAAAACAAAAAGAGAUUGGGAACAUCUUAUGCACGGGUGUCACCGACGAGUUACUUAUACUUUGUCUUGUCGAAACGGGUGCAUAUGAAGUGAAGUUAAAAUGGGGAAAAGAACACGAGAAAGUGAUUCCAGAAGAAAAAAGGCGUUUAUUUAUGUACCCUGAACUGGGUGAGCCUCAUGACAAAUUUCGAAUGGUAGUAAUGAAUAUGUUCGAAAAUUCGCUUUCAGUUAGACGAAAAGAAAUAAUAGAAAAAUUCAACACAAUUCUUAAUUCGCAACCUACUAGCCACGGAUAUACUAAGUUGCUGUCCGAAUUCUGUGAGAAUCAUAAUGGCAAUUGGUAUUUAUUUGGCGUUUACCAAACUAUCAAAAAAUAUAACCUGUAACGAGUUUCUUAACUAAAAAAUAUUGCUAUUGGUAAUA